UCCUUGCAACUGCCAGGCUGCUCCAGCACCAGCAGAAUUAUUGAAAUAAUGGGUGUUAACCAAACGUAAAUAAGUGCAUCAAUUUUUCAACUUUUUCGUUCCGAUUGAUUUUAUUUGGCCGUACAAUCGUUCUGGAGCAUCGCAUUGUCCUUCAAGAAGAGAUUGAGAAAAGAAGAAGAAGAAAGCGUCUCCGAAAACUGCGAAGUCGAAUCAAGAAAACCACCUGUUUCGUCACUGCCAAUAGAUGAUAGUCGGCGAUCUUCAAUUAAUUUGAAGUUAAUCGAACUCAAUUGCGUUCUGUUCUGUGGCCAAUUCCUCGAAUUUCCACGCAGAUGACUUCAGCUCAGUGAUGUAGCCAAAGUCGAAACGCUUCGAGGAGCAGAAACAUGUCGAGAGCUGAUAAAACCAAGUCCGGAUUUCUGGACACCCUGUUCAAAGGAUCCAAGAAAGGCACCGUCCGGAGCAGCAACUAUGCAGGCGGACACGGGGGGCCCAACGCAGGUCUGCCAAGACCUCAAUCCGAGUCGGAUUUCACAGAGAUCGAGGAGCAGGAGUUCAUGAUUGAGCACCUAGAUGAUGAUGGGGUCAAUGAUCAUUUUGAGAAGAUGCUGGACAACCUCAAUCUCACAGAGGAGAAAAAACAGCCUCUUCGAAACCAGCCCAUGAUGAACAAAAGGCAAAUGCUUAAGAUGCAAUACAAAGGGACAACGUUAAAGAGUGAUGAAAAAUUCCACUCUGCAAGCGACUACAUUGAAUACCUGCAGCAUCCCGAUCUGAGUGUAGCAAAACUCCACAGCUGUGUGCAGAGCUUGCGAAUCGCGCUCACCAACAAGACAUUAAACUUUGUUCAGGAAUUUGGCAAUAAUGGCCUAAAGGCGCUUCUAAAUCAACUCAAAACGUGCAAUACAAGAGAAGGGAAAAUGGAGAGAGUGCAGUACGAGUGUCUCAGGUGUUUAAAGGCCAUCAUGAACAACACAUUUGGUCUAAAACAGAUUCUCGGCCACAAAGAAGCGUUGAAACAAGUGGCUAUUGCAUUAAACCCACUUCGACAAACUGCAAUGCUAGAGGCAUGCAAAAUAAUGGCCGCGGUGUGCCUUCUGCCGGACGGCCAUGAUAAGGCAUUGGAAGCUAUCACGUCGGCUGUGGACGGAGAAGACCGGGAUAGAUUUACACCUAUCGUUCGAGGGCUGAUUUUAAAAAGCAACGAGCAACUGAGGAUUGGUUGUAUGACCCUUAUUAACGCCCUUGUCACCUCUGCCAUGGAUUUGGACUUCCGAGUUCACCUCAGAAAUGAAAUGAUGAGGGCUGGCCUUGGGGAGUUGCUGGUUCCUUUACAACGUGAUGCUGGCGAUGAACUAGCUCUGCAAAUGAAGAUUUUUAUGGACCACAAAGAAGAGGACUAUGAUGAGUUGCUUCAGAAAUUUGACCACCUAAGACUUGACAUGGAAGAUUCUAACGAAUGCUUUGAAUUUGUCAAGAACUUGACGUCGGACACACCGGCAGAGCCAUACUUCUUGUCUAUUCUCCAGCACCUUUUAUUUAUCAGAGAUGACCCAAUGAUUCGACCGGCUUACUUCAAGCUGAUUGAAGAAUGUGUGACACAAAUUGUUCUCCACAAAAGUGGUUGUGAUCCUGACUUUUCGGCAACCAAGCGAUUUCAAAUUGACGUAGAGCCCUUGAUAGAAGGUUUAGUAGAAAAAUCCAAGGCUGAAGACGAAAGGGCAAAAGAGGCCCUGAAUGCCAAACUUGAAGAAGCCCUGGCUCUGAAGCAAGAAGCUGAAGCUCGACUCCAGGUUGCAGAACAGAAAUUGAAGGAAAUGAUUAGCACUGGUGUCAUUCCAACGUCAGGAGUGGGAAAAUUGUCAGGGCCUCCUCCACCCCCAAUUCCAGGCAUGAUUGCUAACCCUGGUGGGCCUCCGCCACCUCCUCUUAUGCCUGGAAUGCCUCCUCCACCUCCUGGCAUGAUGGGACCUCCACCACCCCCAAUGCCUGGUAUGGGCCCUAGACCUCCGCCUAUGCCAGGAAUGGGAGGGCCUCCAAUGCCUCCACCACCCCCAGGUAUGGGUCCACCACCUCCACCAGGAAUGGCGAUGGGACCCCCGAGAGCGCCUGACGUUCUGCCGUAUGGGUUGAAACCAAAGCGCAAAUGGGAUGUUGGCGGGCCCUUGAAGAGAGCGAACUGGAAAGCUAUUGUACCUCAAAAGAUGUCAGAAAAAGCAUUUUGGAUCCAAGUCAGAGAGGAAAAGCUUGCCUCGCCAGAUAUUCUGGAGGGAUUGGCGCAGAAAUUUUCUUCUAAACCUAUUUCUAAAAAGAGUGAUGAUAACAUAGAGAAGCAGCCUAACAAAAAAAUAAAGGACUUAAAAGUACUAGACGGAAAAGCAGCCCAGAAUCUUUCAAUUUUACUAGGAGGGUCAUUGAAGCACUUGUCUUAUGAGGAUGUCAAGCGCUGCAUUUUGCGGUGUGAUAUCGAGUCAUUGCCUGAUUCAGUUCUUCAGCAACUCAUUUCGUACCUGCCACCUCCUGAUCAGCUCAAGAAGUUGCAAGAAUUCAAAUCACAGUACAACGAACUCACAGAGGCUGAACAGUUUGCAGUUACUAUCUCAGAAAUCAAGAGGCUUCUUCCACGGUUGAAAUCCAUGAGCUUUAGGUUGCACCAGAGCGAAAUGGUUCAAGAUGUGAAACCAGACAUUGUGGCCGGGACUGCAGCUUGUGAAGAGAUUAAAACCAGUCAGAGGUUUGCACGCAUUCUCGAACUCAUCCUACUCAUGGGGAACUACAUGAACAGUGGGUCAAGAAAUGAAGCUGCCUUUGGAUUUGAAAUUAGUUUCCUACCAAAGCUUUCAAGCACAAAGGACAUUGAAAACAAAAGCACCCUGAUGCACUACCUAGCAGAGACUGUAGAGAAAAAGUUCCCUGAUCUGUUGGCUUUGUCAGAAGAAUUGGCCCAUAUCGACAGGGCAGCAAGAGUUUCCGUCGAUACAAUUGGCAAGACACUAAGGACCAUGGACACAUCCAUAAGAAAUUUGGAGACUGAUUUGACCAAUUCUAAAGUGCCUCAAAACGCUGAUGAUAAAUUCUAUGAUGUUAUGAGCGAAUUUGCUAAGGAAGCAAGACAGCAGUGCGAUCUUCUGACUAACAUGUUUAAGAAUAUGACUAGCCUCUACAAGGAGUUGUCGGAGUUUUACGCAUUUGAUGUGGCGAAGUACACUUUUGAAGAAUUCUACACGGACAUAAAAUCCUUCAAGGAUUCCUUCUUGGCUGCACACAAGGAAAAUGUAAAAGUUCGUGAAACUGAGGAAAAGGCAGAAAGAGCCCGGCAGGCUAGAGACAAGCAAGAACGAGAAAGGGCAGAGCGAAUGGCCCACAAGAGAGCUCUGGUGGACAUGAACGGGGCUGAAGAGGGCGUGAUGGACUCGUUAUUAGAGGCUUUGCAGACUGGAUCUGCAUUUACUCGAGAGCAACGGCGAAAAAGAGCCCCAAGGGCUGCUGGUGCCGAGAGACGGGCGCAACUAAGCAGAAGUAGGUCGAGAACAGGGCUGGCCACAAACGCACUUACAGGGCGAGAGCUGGGAGAACUCUUGGCUGCAUAGCAUCUCAAUAAUUAUUCACCAAAUGAAGAAUACGUACUUCGAAAAUUCCAAACAUCAAAGUUCAGUGCCUCACUUUUUAUAAGUUAACUUUUCACGCAGAUAUUGUAGUGGCGCUGAGCCAAUCAACGUCAACUAUUUAUAUUGAUAUGAUUUAUAUAAUGUGCAAAUUACCGCUUACGCCUGAAAUUUUUAUAGUACCAUCUAUUUUAUACAAAGCUUGAAGCUCAAGCUUUUUGAAAUAAUAAUAAUAAUAAUGGGCAUCAUAAUAGGUAUUCCUAAGGAUUGCGGCCGUGAUGUUAUUGUCUGAGACGACUAGGGAACUGUAUUUUGUAUUUUUAUAAUAUGCAGGGCAAUUGUCAAGCUGAUACAAAUUUAUAAAUAGAGCGUACUUUGCCUGAACUAAAGUAAUUGUGUAUUAUCAAUACAACAUCAUUUAUGGUUAAGGUCUGUAAUCAUAGCUAUUUUUCUAAAGCUGAAAUAAAACCUCGUCAAAUAAUGAAAGAUUUAAGAAAGAUAUUUGUCUC